AUGAAGGAGACAAACGGACAUGAACAACGGAGCAAGGUGACAUUGUCGGGGCUAUUAAACGCCAUUGAUGGGUUAUGGUCAGCUUGUAGUGAUGAGAAGAUUAUUGUUUUUACAACUAAUUUUGUGGAUAAGCUUGAUCCGGCGUUGAUACGUAGAGGAAGGAUGGACAACUACAUAGAGAUGUCAUAUUGCAGGUUUGAAGCAUUCAAGGUUUUAGCCAAGAACUACUUGGGUGUCGAGUCCCACGAUUUGUAUGGAGAAAUUGAGCUAUUGGUGGAAGAAACCAACAUGUCUCCUGCUGAUGUUGCAGAGAAUUUGAUGCCGAAAUCUGAUGAAGAAUAUGUAGACAUUUGCCUCAAGCGUUUGGUUAAGUCUUCGGAGGAACAGAAAGAGAAAGCAAGGAAGUUGGCUGAGGAAGAGGAGAAGAAGAAACGAGAGAGCGAAUCGAAAAAGAAUAAGAAAGCAGAGGAAGCAGAGAAGAACAUGAAAAUAGAGGAAGAAUGA